CUCGGAACCAUGUACAAAAUAAUCCUCAGUCAGUACAAAUACCUUAUUACCACAGGCCAACCAACCUCUUAUGCUUACAACUGACCACUAGUUGCUUUUAAUACAUCAAUUUUCAGCUUCCGUUUCUAUUACAAUCACUCAAUAUUUUAAUUGAUGGAGUUAUUAAGUGGUCUUCCUGAGAGUAUUCGGCAUGAACAGAUAGAUUUUUUGUCUUCUAAAACAGUGAGAAAUGUGAUUUCAAAUGGAACGCUCAAGGCCGAAAAAAUUCACGAUCGUCAAGUAAUUGGUGAAAAUUUGGAAACAUUACUGAAAAGGUGGUUAGAUGAAGGUGAUGAGCAAUGUGCGUUCUAUCUUGGUCAGAUUUACUUCGAGAAGGAGAAAUAUAACGAAGCGUGGAAUUACUUCCGAAUGGGUUAUGAAAAGUUUAAUGAUCAGAAAUCAAAGUUCCAACUCGGUAUAAUGUUGUAUGAUAAUCUAGUUAGUAAAGACGUGACGAAAGUUUCAAACCCACAAGCUAAAGCUUGUGAAUUUUUUAAGGAGAUUAUGACCUUGGACGUCCAAAUAGCUUCACCCGUCGACCAAAGAAACUUGGUUUUUAGUGCAGCCUUUAAUCUUGGGAGAGCAUACUACCAAGGCUACGGAGUAUGUUCAUCGACGGAAGAUGCUUUGAGGUGCUUUUUAUUUGCUGCGAACAAUGGUGAUUCUAAAGCUUGCAUUUCAGCUCAAACAGCACUUGGCUAUUUAUAUUCAGGACCAGAAAUUUGUGAUUUACAAAAAGCGUUUCAAUGGCAUUCUGAUGCUUGUGGAAAUGGUAGUGUCGAAUCUCAAGCCGUAUUAGGUGUGAUGUAUUUAUAUGGGAUAGGUGUGAAAGAAGAUUGGGAUAAUGCUUUAUUCUGUUUGUCUGAAGCUUCAGCCAGAGGCAGUUUAUAUGCUAAAGCAAAUUUAAUUUAUUUUUACUAUCGACGGAAAAUGUUUACAAAUGUAUGUUACUUGGCUAGCAGAAUGGUAACUUGUGAUAAUUUUAUGACAUCAGAAUGUAUACAAACAUUUCAAUGUCGAGCUAUGUCAAUGGCAUGUUUCCUUUAUGCAUUAUGCCUAAAAAGUGGUAAAGGUGUACAAAAAGAUGAAUUAUUAGCUAAUCAACUAUUCUCCAAGGUUUGUACAUUUACUUCACGUAUUGUUUUACAUUCAUACAAUUGGUUCGUUUAUUUAACUGUGAUCGUAUCAUCAAGCUAUUGCUAUAACUUCAGUUCUUUUUCACAAAUAGGCCAAGAGUUAAACGUUUUAAAGAAUAAAAUAAAUUCAUUGCAUUUUGUUUCAUUUAAUUUCUUAAAUGCUUUUCAUUAAAAAAGAUGUUUAAAGUGUUCAUUUAGGACGUAAACUAGUAUGAAAAUAUUCUUUAUUCUAACAAUGUCCCUAGUUCUUAUUAUUAAACUCGAAAGUAUAUUACAGCCAACCAAGUUUCAGAUAUCUAAUAAGAUUGUUUAGUUUUUAAAAAUAUUUAUUCAAAAGAUUUUGAUGAUUGGUUAUAGGUGUUUGCAAUAUUAGAAUGUGACAGCAAAACUUAUGACAAUAUACUAAUGGAUUCAUAGGAUUCUGAUAGUGAAUAUGCUAGUGAUUAAAAAGAUGCUGAAUACUAAAUAUAAGGAAAAACAGCAACAAAUAAAUAAAUUGAUGUGACCAAGCAGAAUGAUACGAUAAUAAUGGAUGAAUAAAUAACAAGUACCGAUUGGUGCUUCCAAUCACCUUAUAUCACCGACUUGAGAGACUAUAAAGUCAUUAUUUGAACUUUCAUCAUAAAAACUGAUCAUUCACAAAAAUAUAACACUUUAAGCAUAUUUCAUUUCAUCUAGAACCACAAUGGAAAAAAUAAUUGCAUGGCUGACUGGUUCAACAUUGGAAUAAGUCAGUCAGUUAAUAACAUCACUGAGGAUGAAUUUGUGUCAGUCCAUGUUGCCAUGGCAAAAUGACCGGAGUUCGACAAGAUUAAUAGAACAGAAAGGGAAAUAACACAAAAUGCAAUACAAAUCUCGGCACGAGAAAUAUGUUUUUAAAGAAACAAAUGGGAUUGAGAAAUGAAGAGUUAGAGAUUAUGCUAAAACUAAGAUUCAGUGGAAAACACAGGUUGUUAGGAACUGCAACCGAUUUUAGGGAAUGUCCCUAAAAGUUCUCACCUGUAGAUUAAGGUUGUCGUCCAGGCUCCAAGCCUAGGCUCACAAUGGGACUUAAGACUCCUCUAUGUAAAAAUAAACAAGUUACCAUUCAUUUAUUAAGUUUAAACAGAGUGAUAUAACACUUUCCUCGUUGCAAUUUAAUGAUUGUUUUGGUGUUCUUGUAAUUUUCUCAUUGUUCCAUACAUUGUAGAGUGUUGAAUGGGACUCAUCAUUAGCCGCAAGAUAUGUAAAUUUAGUUAUAGCAGGCGAAUUGUAAAUAUGGAGAUAGAAAACAAACUUUAAGAAUUCAAUCUGACCUUAUCAUAAUUUCUUUGAUACAUAACACGCGAUGACUUCAAAUUCAAUAAUUUCCUCCUAAAUAUUUUUACAUAUAUUUUCCUCAAUAUCUUAAUUUAUCGGUAUAAACUACUGCUUUUUUUGUAAACUUUAUACGUUAAUUUAAUAAAUAAACUAUCUUCCUAUCGAAUUCUUAAAAUGUAAUUCGUCACUGUGUUCAAAUAGCCUUUAUCCGUGUGAAAGCACUUACUAACAUAAUAG